UUCUCAUGUUGUUUUAAAAUGAAGUAUUGAACUAAUUUUAUAAAUUGAAGCAUGCACAUUUAUACUUUAAUGUAUAUCAUAUAAAGUGUUACAGAUGCUCUUUUGAAAUGUUCUUUUUUUCUAUUGCGUAAAAAAUAUUCUUAUUAUUUUGCAGGACGACAUCUAAAAACUCUUGAUUAAACUAGCUACGUGGCGGUCCACAUGCCAUAUCAACACAAGUCGCGUGCGUUACUGCAGUUUUCAAACAUUCCGCGCCGAAGAACAACCUUACUGAUCGGUCAACGGCACGCACUGUAUGGAUGGCUGAAAGUGGCACAAGACCUGAUGAACCGGAAAGAUUCCCAAGACAGGGCAAUAUGUCCAGCAAACAAGACCUGAUUCAGUGGGAAAAUACCUCCGUUGAGACAUGCACUAUACUGAGCUGGCUCGGUUACGGACAGGAGAUCAUACAGGCUCGGAGAGACGCAUAUCGGGAGAUUGGCAAGCUGUUAACUGCACGGGUAUGUGGAGAGGCAACGUUAAUUAUUACGGGUAGCAAAGGUGAGGGGCUGAGCAGCUACUUGGAAAGUGAUUUGGAUCAAAUGGCUGUAAAUAAUAGAGUAUUCUGUUUAGAAGAUGAUGUAAAGUCAAGUGCCUUUCCUGGGGAGAUAACCGUGUUGAGAUCACUCAGCCGCAGGAGUUACCAUGGUCACUGUAGACUGCUACUGGAGAGACUCGAUACAACAAUUCACAGUUACGUACAUGGUGCGUUUUGUGAUGACGGAUAUGGUCGCGAACUUUUGAGCAGUGACUUGUAUGUUAAUAACUGGUCGAACGAAGACUUGACUGAGGGCGAGGUGCAGCAUGAGCGUGCGGGACCGUCAAUUCCGAGUUCAAUGAGUGGACUCAUGCACAGUGACCAUGUACAUGCAUUACAUUACUACUGCCCCAACAUUCUGUCAAAAUGGGCCGCAAGACCUCGCCACUGGCCGCCACCGGAAGCCGUUCAGAGGGUCGUAUCACUUGGGGCAUUUCUUACGCCUGUUGGAUUUAAAGGAAGUGAAUAUCAACAUGUUGAAUGGAGAGUGUGUUUUAACGCCGGUGAGAUCGAACUAAUUAGCAAUCUUAGCGACAUUCAAACUAAAUUGUAUGUUUUAUUGAAAAUGAUAAAGAACGAUGUAUUACAUCCACGUAAGAAAGAAGUUUCAUCGUACACAUUGAAAAACAUCGUUUUAUGGAUGGCGGAAAAUAAUCCUCAAGCCUAGUUUCAUAAAAAAAAGUAUUUUGCAGUGGUUGCACGAAGCAUUGGAUGCGCUUAGAGUUGCAUUGAUCACCUUAGAGCUACCAUACUAUAUGAUUCCAGAAAGGAAUUUGAUGGCAACCUCUGGACUGGAUAGGGAACAGCAACGCACAUGGAUAUCAACGAUUACAGAUAUGCUCAAUGAAGGUCCUAGGGUGAUACUCAGACUUCCAAAGAUACGACAAUGCAUCGUAGCUCACCCUGAACCAUUACGAUGGUACAGCGUGAGGAGAAUAGAGCUUGAAAUGCUAACGCUCAUGCGCUUGAACAGAUCGGUAAUCUGCAGUGAUGAGAACGGGGAGAUUGAUUAUACCGAUGCGAUUUUGCAGGCAUUAAAUAGACGAAUAAACGAGGUUAUAACGGAUGUUUGCGUGAGGAUGAUAAUGGAAGGGAGUCGAGUUAUCAACGCACAGGCUAUUUUUAAUAGAAUUCGGAUGUAAAACGUUAACGAUGAUCAAUAGAUCAGUAACGAGGCGCGGACAACACUUAUUUAUAACUUUUGAGUACAUAUUAUCUUUAACAAAUCACCGAUCAUUGUUGCCAAGAACGUGAAAAUUAUACAACUUAUCGUGAUAGUGAUUUGUUCAGUAAUUGAUAUUUGACAUGCAGACGUUCGUUUCACUUUUUAAAAAUGUGCACAAUUUUACAAAAGAUUUGUUUACAGUAGGCUGUAAAAUUUACCGAAACAAUAAAUGUCGAUACAAUUUAUUGAAAAAUGUCAAUCGCAUAGAUGACAGUAGUUUGCAAAAUAAAGUUAUGUAAAGUAAUUUUGCUAUAUUGUAUAUAUCUUAAUAAAAUAUGUACGUAUCGCGCUUGAAAACCAGUUGUAUAAUUUCAAGUUAUGCAUAUAUUUCUUUUUAGAACUAAUAGUAGUAACUCAUUUUGUCGACGUAUGUAGAAAUGUGACUUGUGUUUAUUUGCGUAAGCAUGUUAGGAAAUAAAGUGUGUUUGUGUCAUUUGUAUCUCAUCUUCUUAUCUAAAUGUUCACUUGGCUUAUGGUUGGUAUUGUUAACGCAUUUGCACUGAAUGAAUAUAUGUGUUACUGGCAGUAACUGAAAGUCCACUGGUAUUGUUGUAAUUGCUGUAAAUGUAUCGAUAAUAUUCUUGUUUUCCUUGUUGAGUAGAAACAUUGUUGUGAUUUGUAAUAUUGAUAAAAAAGUAUUGAACACAUUGUUGCACUUAUCGAUAAAAAUGGUGCAUAUGAUAUCUGUGUUCAUUCAUUUUUUUUUAAAUUUCUUCAAUAACGCUAUUGUUGCAUUCACAAAUAAGAAAUGAAGUGCAGUUGUUUUAUGCGAAUUUAUUAAACUGCUUCUUAUGUGAAUUUAUAAUUGCUCGUGUUUUUUUACUGGACAAGUGAAUGUAAACUUUUGAGUUUUUGAACGGCCGUGGACCAUCCAUCAACAGCUACACGGUGCUGAAGGACACUGUCCUUGGCUUGGUUAUAGGUCCACGGGCGUAGAUGUUAGUAGUUUUUGUAUUGUUCAGUAUCGGUUGGAUCGUGAGGGGCACUGUGGGAGAAAAAGGACAUGUUCUACCAUGGCAUUUGAAAUGGCAUUUAAUAAACACGGAUAUGUUCUGGUCACACUUAUAUGAUUGUUAAGCUUAAGCAUAAUUUUUGAAUUACAGUUUAUUAGAAGUAUCCACUUAACAUCACUCUUACGCCAUUGGCUACACGUAUGUUAUGGCCAUUAAACUGUUGACUUUAUGCUAAAUACCCAUUUUGUGUUGUAAUCAUAUGAAUGGAAUGGAAUUUUCUGCAUGUUAAAAUGCAUGAUGCCUGAUUACAUUCCGAGGGUGUAACUUUGUAUGUUUAAUAGCAAUACAAUUAAACUCAGUUGCAAAACCACGA